AAAAUGUAAACUUCUCACUGGCGCUGACUCGGAGUUUUGGUCUUAUGUAAUUGAGCAUCUUCUCUUCCACCUUUGCUACCUAAAAGAAGACCAGACGGGUGGAAAUACCAAUAUAACACGAAGAGGCACACGAAGACAUGGUCAUAUGAAAAAUAGCUGGACGACGCCUCCUCCUUCUGAAGCUUGAUUUUUUUCCCUUCAUCCCGUUGUUCACUGUCGAACAAUUGUAGCUUCCCGAGUCUGCGGAAUGGCCGUCACAUUGCCCCCUUUUGCACCCUUUCCCGAGGCGUCGUGGGGGAACCAGAUCGCCCCGGCGGAAUGGGAAGCCUGCCUGGAUGGCUGGAUUGCUCUUAUCGACGCACAUUUGUCUCUGCCCGGGGAUCAAUUUAGCACCGUCUCCUGCGGCGACGAGUCGAUAUCACAUUUCCUCUCGUCUCUGAUGAGAGAAGUGUCUGCAAGAGGAGUAGCCCUCCUCGGCACUUCUCAGUCAGCCGGCGUCCUGCUCCGGCGAUGCACCCUUCUCACUGCUAGGUUCCUGCGCACAUCCUCCACACCACCAUCGCUACUUUCCUGGGAGUUCCUAGCGGAUUUCGCCCGCGUGUGCUCGAAGAAGCGGGCCGCUGUCAUAAUCAGCGGCGUCUUUCCCAACCCGUCCGUGAUAGCCUCUCUUGGUGCGCUCAAGAAAUCGCUGAUCCUUGCCCUGGAUUCGGGUCCCGGGGGAGAUCCGAAGGCUCUCGAGCGCCAGCUGAAGAGGUUGAACCAUCUGAUUUACGCGUCACCCGAUGCUGCGGCGCUCUUCCUAGCUGGGAGCGACUUUCUGGACGGGCUUAUUAGUUGCUAUACGAGCGCGAGCCCCCCUCUAAGGAAGACAAUUAUCACAACCGCCUACCUAUGCCUUGUUGGGCUGACCGAGGGGGGGCACCCCAAGUUUUCCAUGCUGGCCGACCAGCUCUACUCACUUAAGACGGCGGCCGAGGCCCACCGGGCAGGACCCUUGGAUGCCAACGACGCGAUGGUGGCUGAGCUAGUUACCGCUACACCAAUACUCAAGCAGGUGGAUCGGCGCCUGGAAGCAUCCGGAUCAAGUGCAACAACACGAAUAAAGUCUUUCGUUGCUAUUUUGGAAGGCUUUCGAAAACCUGGCGGUGGCGCCAGGCCGAAGAGGCCGACGAAGCGAAGGAUCGACAAAGGGAAGGGUAUUAUGACAGAGAACGACGAGGAGGCGACGGGGGAGAUGAGAUUGCAUCAGAUGAGCCAGAUCUCACAAGUACAGGACCUCUUCCCGGAAUUGGGCUCUGGCUUUGUGUCGAGUCUCCUCGAUGAAUACGGGAACGACACGGAACAAGUCAUUGCACACUUAUUAGAAGAUAACCUACCUCCUCACUUGGCUUCCGCGGACCGUACCAAGCAGCUAUCCCCCCCGGCCAAUGGUAGGGAGGGUUACAAAAAGACACAUCAGUACACGUCGGCCCAACUUCCCGUGCGCGAUAACGUGUUCGACGACGACGAGUUCGACAGGUUAUCGGUGGACCCGGCCAAGGUCCAUUUCGGGAAGUGGAAUCCAGAUAAAUCGGCGGACGACAUCCUGAAUGAUCGAUCCUCUGCUCCAACGAAGGCCUCCAUUCUCUCUGCUCUCUCUGCGUUUGACGCAGACGACGACGAGCGAGAUGACACGUACGACGCAGCAGAUGCGGGAUUUGUAGUUAACGACGGGACUCUGGAUGACGCAGAUGACGGGAAAAUCAAGGACGCGAACGAAGAAGUGCUUUUCAGAGCGUACCAGUCGGACCCUAAACUAUUUGCCAGGGACGCAGUUACGAGACGAGGCGCGGCCAGGGCAAAGUUAAAGCAGGAAACAAAGCUAACUGAUGAAGCGAUAGAGGGCUGGGCCGUGAUGCUGGCUAGGGCUCCGAACGAAGCGAGGCGACUGGAGAUAAAAUAUAGCGCUUUCCGCGGCGACCAGCCGGUUUUGUCCUCGACCGCCUGGCGCGCAAACCCGACGGGGCCAGGUACGGAGGAGUCGGACGCCGACAAUGGUGACUCUAGCUCUCGGGGCGGAUUCCAGGGCCGCGGCCGCGGCCGUGGCAGAGGAAGAGGCGGUGACCGAGGAAGAAGUGUCUCUGGCCCAGCGGGUGACAGAGAAACCGAGAAUGCUAGAAGACGAAAGGAGGCAAACAAGGGCGCCAGGGCCAACCAUAACCGUCGAAAUCAACGCGCAAAGAAGAUGGCCCGCGGAGGAUUUCCCGGGUAACGAGGCCGUACAUACUAUAUAUAGAAAGAUGCGAGAUGCGAGAUCCUCGGGAGGCGUCCGAGGCCGCCUUCACACCAUC